AUGCGAGAGGUUAAUUUCAGCAUCCCCAAUGUCAACAAGGCGUCAGUCCAUAUCACCACAACCCUGUAUGACCGACGAGCUUUGGACUGCACUUCAACAUUGCCCCUUAUUAACUCUCUAAACCAUCUGGCCUACCUAACCACUUCCUCUGCGCGGAUUCGAGAUAUCCUUACGGUUGAUGGCGGUGUGGAGCGUCUCGUCUGCAUAUUGAAGGAGGGAAGGAGCAAGGAUGAAAUGCACAUGUGGAAAUGGAAUCUCGCAUUUCAAUGCAUUGUCAACAUCGGAGUACGAGGGUCAGAGAACGUGCGCACGCGUGUCGUUGAGGCCGACAUGGUGCCUGUCAUUGCGACCAUCUUGUGGGACUACAUCUUGGUGAUUGAAAUGGAAAAGGCCAAGGCCGAUGCUGAGCAGGAAAAGCGCAAUGGCUCGAAACACUCCGGGAGCUCCAGAUCAUCCAAGUUAUCGAGAGACUUGACUCAUGACUCGGCUGCGAGGACUUCCUUCUUUGAACACUUGCACGCUGCUGCAGACAACCGCUCCCGUCGUCAAGCACCACCACCGUCACUUGAGCUUCCUCAAUCCUUCUCUCAAGGCUUUGGCGGCGCAGAGACAGGCCCCGCGGAUGGCGGCGUGCUACCUCCUGGCGUUCUUACCUCUCCCCCCGAACGGACAGUCUUCCCGCGCCGCGAGGUACACCAUCACCACCACCACAGCCGGGGACGCGAGAGCAGAGGUUCAAACCACGGCUCUCUGACCUUACAGCCGCCGGCUACCGCAGUUCCUUCUAUGGACACUUCAGACGGGUUCUCAUUGCGCCCAGUCCGCGAGGUAGACAGACUACCCUCCAUGCUGCCGCCUCUCAACACCGGGGUUACCUCGCAUCCCGAUUCGCCGACCACACCAUCUGCACCUCUGCACCGCGGACUCUUAUCUCCGGUCGGACGCAGACUAAGAAGACCCUCGAUUCGUCAUCAGAACUCGACUGGUGACAAUGAUGAUAUGAGCAUGGAAGAUGUGGCUGGAGCCGACGACGAACUGCUCGACGCCGAAGGUGCUGCUGAAGGUCGAAGCAGGGAUCAGACGCGUGAUCCCAGUCCUAACGAGAUGGACGGACGCCAGCCCCUGACUUUAGCCAUUCCUCCGCCGCAAACUCGAGAUAUUGACGAUGUAGAUAUUGCUCAACAAACACCGAUCACAGGCGGCAUGGGCAAUCCCUUAGGUGGGACGAUCCACGACACGUUGGGUAUUUCGCCUAUUCCUCCUCCGCCAGCCACUGCCGCUUCCCCUGCUAUACCGCUCAAUGCAUACCCCAACUUCUUUCUGCGAAAUGCCACCGCCACAGCCUCAACUACAGCUCUCAUGCCACGAGAUGAGGACGUUCUGAUGGGGCUGCAGUUGUUAGCAUAUAUAUCAAAAUACUGCUAUCUCCGCCACUACUUCCAACAAACUCAUCUGGUCCCAAGACUCAGGAUCGAUCGAGAGGUCGAAAAGAUCUACGGACCCGUUCGAGGUUGUCCACCACUUCCGCAACCCACCGAAGACGAAGAAGAGGAGUUUCUGCAACCCGACGACUACAAUAUCUUCCCUCUAGUUGAGAAGUUUACUGUCCGUCAUCAUUCGAAGGACAUGCAAUAUUGGGCGUGUGUAGUCAUGCGCAAUCUCUGUCGGAAAGAUGACGCUCGAGGAGGGAUUCGGCAGUGUGCCAAUUACAAAUGUGGCAAGUGGGAAGAGUUCACACGCCAAUUCGCGAAGUGCAGACGCUGCCGCCGGACUAAGUAUUGCAGCAAGGAAUGCCAACGAGAAUCGUGGAGUAUGCAUAGGCACUGGUGUCACUUGGAGAAUGCGUACCUCAAUCGACGCGGCAAUGCUUGA